AUGUCGCGACGACGCGACGCGAUCGGAAAACGCGCGUUACACGCGUGCGUCGUUUUCAUCGCGUGCGCGUGCGCUCCCGCGCUCGCGCGACAGUGCGAUGAGACGAACGUGACGAGUUUUCGUCGAUGGGCCGACUUGCGCGCGUUUUUAAACCCCAAGAUGCGAGGAGCGCCGUGCGUCGUGCGCUUGAACGUCCGAGGGGACGUCCGCGGCUGCUCGAACGAUCGAGUGGAGCGCGCGCCGUUGAUGCGGGUGGAUCCGCUGGGGGAUGUGGAUUUCACCGCGCUGACGCGCGCGCCGAGGGUGUUGCUGGCGACGCCGGCGGCGUGGCAGAAAGUGCUCGAGCGGGCGUACGUGAAAGACGACGAGAUGGCGCGAGAGAUUCGGGCGAACGUGAAAGGAGUUCUAGUGGAGAGCGUGCACCCGACGGGGGAGGCGGAUAAGGCGUUGCUGAAGGGAUUCUCUCUGGGACCGGCGGCGCGAGCGAACACGACUGGCGGCAGAACGGGAGGGAUUGACGCGGUGAAGAUGGAUUUCAGAGGGACGCCCAUGAUGCUGUUGGACACCUCGAGCACGCACGCGGCGAGGAUUCGAGCGAUGGCGAACGCUCGGGCAAUGCAAGAGAACAAGGGAGAGAAGCACAUGUGGCGCGCUGAGGUGGACAUGCGCAUGACGAGUCUCGGGAAACAGCCAACGAUUGCUCCGCCGUCGUCCGAGUCGUGUCUCAAGGCAAACACGUGCUUGCCAGUCGGUGGGUACAGCGUCCUCGCCACCAUGCCACCGCUGAACCGGGACGUGGCGUCGACGAAAAGCAUCGUGCUCGUCGUCGCUCGCAUGGACGCCGACGGCGUUUUCCGGGACGCCACGCCAGCCACGAACGCUCGUAUGAGCGGACUCAUCGCGCUCAUGGCGGUGGCCAAAUCGUUGCAAAAAGCGUUUUCGUCCCUGACUGAAGAUGAUUUCGCGCAUCACGUCGCUUUCGUCGCACUCAGUGGAGAGGAUUUUGGGAACAUUGGCUCACAACGCCUCGCGCGCGAAUUAGCCGCGGACGCGGCCGAGUCGCUCCUUCCUGAGCUCGCCGGGAGAAAACUUAGAGCCGUCAUCGAGCUCGGUCCUAUGGGGAUGUCGAACUCGUUCGAAGCGGGUAAGAUGCCAGCUCUUUUCGUGCACGGUCCACACAUUGACGAGGUGAGUAAGAAAAUCUCGCAGUACGCCGACACGUACGAAUUCGAUGUCACCUUCAAAAAAGGCAUGGCAAAGAUCCUCGACUCCUCCGAGCCGUCGUUCGAGUCCGUGCGCGGGCUCGCGUACGACGCCGUGUAUAUCUCCGAAGAUCGAGAUCAAGCCUCGGAUCCGCUCUCCGGAACGCACCUGGACGUCGGGGUCUCGCGAUCCAUCGACGUCGAUCGCAUGGGUGACGCGGUGCGCUCCAUCGCUCGACUCAUCGGGACGUAUGCGUUUAGGAACACCAAUAGCAGCUACGCCACGCACGAUGGAGACAUCGUGGCGAACACUUUUGACGAUGCCGCGGGCAGAGCGACCGUUAUCGAGCUCUCCAAGUGUCUGGCCGAUCAGAGAUACGGGCUCGAUAAGUGCUCGAGCGGCUUGCGGCUGAUCAAUGAAAAGACGGUGAGCACGUUGGGUGAGUACAUCGCCAGUGAUGGGUACGUCGACCCGACACAUGAGCCGUCACGCUAUCCGGACGUCUUGGUCGGUAUUCCAAGGAGUGUUCAGGCGCACAACGACAAGAAGACGCUCGCGCGUUUUGUUUGGAGUUACCUCGCCGAGGCAACAUCCAUGUCGUCCACGACAAGCAAAAUGUGCGAGUUGGAUGGUUCAUGUAGAGGUCAAGGCGAAGUUUGCGUCGGCAAGAACACCGCGAACGCCGGGACGUGCCACAAAUCAUCCCCUAGGUACAUUUUAGCGCUAUCUUCUAGACUGGGGUACGACCAUCGCGACGGGUCAUGGAUCGUAAAGGAGCCGAAGGACGACGACGAACGUAUAGCCCCCCUGUGGACUGAGAGCAACUGGGCGCCGGGCGUCGGAUUCACCAUGAUCGCCCCCGCGGGAGAGGGUAACUACUUCAGUCAAAACAUGAUUGCCGUCUACGCUGUCGGUGCUCUGGCCUUUGUCGCGAUCUUACACGCGUGUAUCGGUCGUAAGAAGACCACUGCUCGUCGUGGCACUGAUGCUGAGCGCGAGGGGCUCCUCCAAUGA